CCUUCUGGCCCAAAGACUGACCCGCGGCUCCCCCCCCUUCAAUUGGCCACCCAAGGUCUCAGUCUCUAGCACUUCGCUUGCUUGUGAUCACCUUGCAGACCUUUCCCUUUUCUUUCCCUCAUCUCGUUCCCUCCCUCGUUUGCACUCCCUUCGUUUCCCCCAUCCCACCAACCUUCUCACAACUGCGUCCUGUCUCUACCUCACAGACAAGAGGGAUUUCGCCCAAGCUUGAUCGACUUGUGAGCGUCGACUCACUUGUCAUCAAGCAUCUCUCAUCCUCUGCCACAGUUGACCAGUUCUGCACUAGGUUAGUCAUCUCUUUUACUCGGUCCUCUUUCCCGCUUUGCCCGCUUGGCUUUCCCUGCAACCUCACCAUCCUUUAUUCGCCUACACCGGUUGAUCCUCACCUUCACUUUCCACCUUCAUCCUCAUCCUCAUCCUCCUCCUCGAACCUCAACUCCAGCUUCACCUCUCUCUCCUAUCCUGCCCCCUUCCUGUUGAAGUUUCCAGCAUCAUCACACUGCUUCGGCCACGUUGUCGAGGCAGUCAAGACUGACGAGUGGGCUUGCUAAUCAGGGUGGAAACAGGCUGAGACCACUUCAAUCUCUCCUCAGAAGCCACCGCUUUUUCCAGCAAACGCCUCGACCCCCAACAUACCCCUCCGAUCCCAUCAUCCUCAUUGAUAUCGAACAUUACGUUGCAGCGUUGCUGCCCAUCAAUCUAUCAACAUGACGACAAUGGAUUUGCGUGUUGGUAACAAAUACCGCAUUGGUCGAAAGAUCGGCAGUGGAAGUUUCGGAGAUAUCUACCUGGGCACCAACAUCAUCUCAGGCGAAGAAAUUGCCAUCAAGCUCGAAUCCGUCAAGGCCAAGCACCCUCAACUCGAGUAUGAGGCUCGUGUCUACAAGUCUCUCGCCGGUGGUGUUGGAAUUCCGUUCGUCCGCUGGUUUGGAACCGAAUGUGACUACAAUGCCAUGGUUCUCGACCUGUUGGGUCCCAGCUUGGAAGACCUCUUCAAUUUCUGCAACCGCAAAUUCUCCCUCAAGACCGUCCUCUUGCUGGCCGACCAGCUCAUCUCUCGCAUCGAAUACAUCCACGCCAAGUCCUUCAUCCACCGUGACAUCAAGCCGGACAACUUCCUCAUGGGAAUUGGCAAGAGAGGCAACCAGGUCAACGUGAUUGACUUUGGUCUGGCCAAGAAGUACCGCGACCCCAAGACUCAUUUCCAUAUCCCAUACCGCGAGAACAAGAACCUGACCGGCACGGCUCGUUAUGCCUCGAUCAACACCCACUUGGGAGUGGAACAAUCUCGCCGUGACGACAUGGAGUCCUUGGGCUAUGUCAUGCUCUACUUCUGCCGCGGCUCCCUUCCAUGGCAAGGUCUCAAGGCGGCUACCAAGAAGCAGAAGUACGAUCGUAUCAUGGAGAAGAAGAUGACCACCCCCACCGAGGUGCUGUGCCGUGGCUUCCCUAACGAGUUCGCCAUCUACCUCAACUACACCCGCUCUCUUCGCUUCGAUGACAAGCCAGACUACUCCUACCUGAGGAAGAUUUUCCGCGAUCUUUUCGUCCGAGAAUCCUUCCAGUACGACUACGUCUUUGACUGGACCGUCUACAAGUACCAGAAGAAUGCCCAGGCUAUUGCCCAGGCGGCUGGGAACCAGACCACUCAGGAGGACGAGGAGAAGCCACGACGCGGUGCUCACCCUGCAACGGCCGCAGCCACUGGGGCUCCCACUCCUCAACAUGCCUCGCAAGCUGGCAAGCCCGCAGCCAUUUCCAGCUCUCGACGCAAGGUCAUCGAACGCGGUGCCAGCGGUAACGACCAGGGAGGAAGUGACAGGAUGUGAGUACUGAAACCUUAAGGUUCCCAUGUAAGGGAUCUCCUCUGCGUUUUGCUUCGGUUUGCGUGGAGGUUUACCAUGGCAUCUGACUAAUGCGCUAGUCUUCGACGUUAGGCUUCGUUCCGGUACAAGGAUAACCACUGGCAACGGCGAUUAUCGUUGAAACGGAAUGACGGCUUGGUGUUCUUGCCACUGACCUUGUCCCACCAACCUCUUCUCGAAGACCGCUGUCGGUCUUCCAGAACACAAAAACACCAUGGGUAUGUCGGAUCCGGCGCGGGGUUUGCUCUUGCACAUGGCAAAUCCGGACCGGGAAUUUGUGAGGACCACACGGCAAACAAACUUUUAUCUGAAUGGCUUACUCGGCUCAAUCCCAACAUGCAAUACUGGCACGAUUACCAACGACUUGAUGGGCGUUCGGUCAAACUCCUUUGACGAGUAGCUCUGGCAUGAGACAUCAGACAUGAACGAAAGUUUGGCGACAUACGACACGGCAGCAUCAGUAUGAUCCGUUGCUGUUCCAUUUAUGCAGGAUCGAUCACGGCCUCGGCUUGAUGAUCGUCCUGCUCUACCACGAUGGACCACUACCUCGACACGAUAGACCUAUUAUUUCAGAAUCACCACCGACCACCCCUCAGCACCUUCGGCACGUUUUCCUUUUUGUCUUGGCUUCACGCUUAUGCUCACCAUUCGAGUACUGCUUCAGAGGAAGAAGGGAAGGGGAGGUUGGAGAAAAGCCACCGCGAAGGAAGGCCAACAAGCCUGGGACUGGCGAAGCUUUGAUGACCUGGGGCCGGGUUUUCCGAGCAGAAGGGGAAGAAGGCAAUCUUGAGGCAAAGAUGGCGAAGGACUUGUGAGGGGCCGAUUCUGGGGAGGCAUAUGAACAGUAACUCAUUGCUUUGGCGGAAGCAAACAUAAUUAGCGGCGACGCAAGGGAGUCUUUUCUUUGACUCGACUAGCUAGGCCAAUAAAUAUCAAUGUGCUACAAA